AGAGUGGCCCAGCAUGGAUCAUUCAGACACCAACCAAUCAGCCUUCUAUACCCACGUUUGGGACAGGGACCAUCUCAGCACCAGAAAUCAUGUUCUCACUUAGAGAUUUCCUCUUCAUUUUGUGCCUGUCUUGGCGGGUCCUCUCAGCGCCCCUCCCUGGAAUUUUAUCCACGAACAAAGAAUUUCUGCAGAUUAACAAGGAAUUUAGCCGGAAAAUCACCAGGGAUGCGGAGAAACUGAAGAACCUUAUGUGUGACAAUCACGGUCUGUGUGAGAAGAGUGAGCUGACACUCAUUCAGGAGCAUCUCCAGCUGCCAGACGUGCCUCUGGGCCAAUGCCAGGCCGGUUCCUUUAGCCAGGAGGGCUGCUUUUCUCAACUGUCCAAUGGCCUGCAAGAGCUCCAGAGAAGGGUUGUGGCCAUGCCCGGGCACCUACCGGAGGCAGAUCUUCAGAGACUGGAAAAGGACAUCAGUGACUUGCUUGUCAACAUCCAAGAAGAGAUGGAGGCCCAAGGCAUCACCGCUCAGAGCUCCCCAUCCCAGGCACUGCCAACAUACAGCAAGGGCUUCCACAAGAAAGUAGCCAUGUUCCUUAUCCUUUCCGACUUGGCCAGCACCAUGGGGACCUUGCAGAGCUUACUGGGAUAAGGAGGCCGCGCGGAAUAGGGAUAACGUUUAAUAUUUAAACCUGCGUCCCGAGAACCAACGGCGGCUUUGCGUCUAGAACUCCCGGUUGCAGAGGUUGCAAUGUCAGAAAUACAAGUAGUGAAUAUUUCACUUUUUUUGUACGAAGGAAAGUAACCUUUUUCUUCUCCCCAACGCCAAUUAUGAGAUUGUUCAUGUUUUAUGUUUUUGCAUUGAAAUGCAUUUAUUUAUUUAUAAUAUAUAAAUGUAUUUAUUUAUUUAUAUAAAUGAAUACGGGGGAGCACUCAGCAGACGGGUUGAACUGCAACUACGUCUCCAAGCACCCCCGAUCCAGGCGCAACUUUAGCCAAUAUCCAUUGAAUGUAAUGGAGCAACGGAAACAUCUUUUCAUUAGGAAAUAACUUUUAUUUUGUCCAUUAAAACCAUCACAGAGUUUAACAC